CAACCCUCCCAGGGUGCCCUUUUAUUGUCGCAAACUCUUGCUCCUUCAUUCUCCUUCUAUUCCAUUGUAAUCACACCAGGACCGCUGCCAGCGCCACGAUGGCAGACCAGACGGAGGCCGCCGCGGUGGCCAAGAACCCCUCGAGCGAGCCUGCAAAGACGUCCAUUCAGCGGGUCAAGACGGACACUGGCAACCACUCCCAGCGUUUGUUGCGCGUGGAUCAGAUAUAUAGCAGGAAAGACCGACAAGUUCAUUUUGUAAAGACGGCCAAGGUGAAGCCCAAGCCUGACCGUUUCAGCAAGACUGCGCUGGUUGUUCGUCGAGUCAUCUCGAGACAAGGCAUGGUCUCCCACACCGAAGUCGACAUCCGAUCCCCUCUGUUGCAAGAAUUGUUUCGCGAGUUAUUCAAGGGUGUCGAGGGCCUGGAGCUGAACAAGUCUCCUCCAGUUGCCAAACCGGAAGUGUUCUUCUGGGCCGUACCCGACCUGAUUCGAAUCAGGGAAGAGGAAAAACAAAAGACCUUGCCCAGUCAAGCAUUCAUCGAUGAUAUCGGAACAGCUCUACGCUUCGUGGAAGAGGAUUUUGCAAGCCAGAUCAUCAGCCUCCAGUCACUGCUGGAGGAGAAGCAGAUCACCUGGGAUCUUCUCUGGGCGAUUUUCCCCCCAAGAGAAGUUAUCAUCGCUCCACGCUAUGGCCUCAUGAACGAGGAGCAGGCUUUCAACAUGCUAACAUCGGCAUACGAACAACGCGCCAACGGCCAGAAAUACUUCGCGGCGAACGGUCAACUUAUUAAACAUGACGGCCAAGAUUUUGGCAGUACUAGCCUCGAGCUGGAGAUUGAUCAGUAUGAGGGUGCUCGUCCGAUCAGUACCUUGAGUUUCUUUCCGCUCAAGCACCAUGACGAGGAAGCCGCAGUCCGAGACAGAUUAAUCGCAAGAGGACGCAAAUAUAUUGCUUUACUGGAAGAGCCGGCUUGCAGAGAUUAUACCAUCCUGAAUGGUGCGAGGGGGGUCGAGCGAGCGAAUGGAGACAUAGUGCCAGAGAAGUUCAAUGCGUUGGGAAGAGUGAUGGUCGACCCGCCUGGAUACUAUCUCCAUAACACUUCGUCCGACUUGAAUCGGCCUUGGGUAUACGCAGAAAAUAAACUGGAUAUGUCCAACUUGUCCGAUGAUCAACUAUUGAUCUGCAGCUCGUGGAUAAAUGGUUUCAGCUUCAACCAGAAGACCUGGUGCCAACUUGCAGUGACGGGACUGUCCGAGGUCGAGUGGAACCACAAUGCGUUCAAACGCUUGGUGAUGGCCGAGAAUCGCCGCCAGCUCAUCCAUGGGCUUGUGAAAGCCCAUCGGCAGGAUGACGCAUCCUUCGACGACAUUGUCGUAAAUAAGGGCAAGGGCUUGAUUGCCCUUCUGACUGGAAGUCCCGGAGUGGGCAAGACCCUGACUGCAGAGGCCGUCGCCGAAGUCACCCAGCGCCCACUGUAUGUAGUGGCAACCGGUGAGCUCGGAAUUAACCCCGACGACGUUGAUAACCGACUGGGAAUGAUCCUAGACAUCACCCGGCGGUGGGGGUGUGUUCUUUUGAUCGAUGAAGCCGAUGUCUUUCUCUCCGCUCGGGGCAAGGACCUUGCCCGAGAUGCGCUGGUCAGCGUUUUUCUCCGACGACUGGAAUAUUUCCGCGGUGUUGCCAUCCUCACCACCAACCGGAAGAGCGACAUCGACCCAGCAUUCAAAAGCCGCAUCCACUUCACCCUACACUACCCCGAGCUCGAUGCAAACAGCCGACAAGAAGUGUGGAAGAAUUUCUUGACGAAUGUUGCUAAGACCUCGGAGCUGUCCGAAUUCACAGCGGAUGACUUGGCGGCAUUGUCGAGGCAUCCUCUGAAUGGCCGACAGAUCAAGAACAUCGUCUCUUGUACGGUGUCUCUGGCACGGGAGAGGAAAAAGAACAUUACGGUGCAGGACAUUGAGAGCUUGAUCGAGGUUAUGAUCGACUAAGACGGUCGAUCAGUUUGCAGUCAACCCGAUGUGCUAUUGCUGCUGAGGCAAAGCCUAUAAAGACCUAAAUGAGCUUAGAGGUGAUGAAAUGUUACAUUGUGAUAAUAUUGAAAAGACUACGGAGUAGGUAUGAAGAUGAACAAGUUCGAAAGCCAGGAAAAAUCACGAGCCCCGUCUCCGAAUGGGGGAAAUAGCGGGGCUCCAGGCACCGGCUUAUCUUGCCUAUUCAGAGCUAGCGUAUUUAGUGACACCAAUAGAGAUUCUGUCCAGCAGAUGCUCCCAAC